AUGAAGCUCCUGCUCCUGGUCUUUGCAUCCUUUGGAUUCCUGGGAACUCCAGCCGGUGGGGGCGGGGCAAGUUGUUCGCGCUCUUACCCCGGACGCUGCAAGAUGCACUGCGACUCCCUGGAAAGAUCCAUAUUCAUGUGCGACAGGUACAAACUGUGCUGUGUCAAAGACCUCUUAAGGACCAUCUCGCCACCUCCUGCCCACAAACCUAAGAACCCCUGCAGAAAAUCUACAAGAAGACAAACUAAGGAGCAUCGAAAGGGUGUAACACCAGAAUCACUGUCAUUUCCAGGUAUUCAAUAUGGCUAUGGUAUCCCUACAAAAGGUUGAGGUUCCCUCCUUCUGCUGCUCCAAUUUAUGACCCAUCUCAAAGCUCCUCUUGUAUAUCACUCUGUCACUCACUGAAUAAACCCUGGAGUUUGUAUCAAUCCUAUGCAAAUGACUGCCCUGUCCACUCAUCCACUGGGUUUGUGUCAGUUUGGGGCCUCCAAGAGCGGACGUCAAGGCAGAAUUAGACAUGAAAAGAUUCAUGAGGGGAAAACACCUGUGACGGAAGAUGGUGAGGAGCAGGAGGAGGCAGGAGCACCUUCAGACUGCAACGCGGGUCCUAUAUCUGUAAAAGGAGGGGGAUAGGACGGGAGAGGAGAAGCCUGACAUCGCAGAUCUAAGGCUAACGGAAAGGCUCAAAGCAAGGCUCACCCC